CCCUUUCACCGCGCCAUUCAGAAACCCUGCACGGCACCACAAACCCCACACCUGACACCACCGCUUCCUCCGUUCCGACGAAGCUUUCGAUUCUUCAACAAACUCUCUAAUUCUUCAUCUUCAAUCAUCUCACGCGAACACAGUCUCCAAUUUCAUCUCAAUUUUCAUACUCGUUGUUCAAACGAAACUAUUUUAUCAUUAUUUUCGAUUUUGAUUCUUGUUUUUAUAUAUUCUUACUCGAUUAACGUUAAAUUUUGUUAGAAAAGUGUUUUUAGGUUGAAAUGUCGAUUGACGGAAGCUUCACCCUUCAUUUGGCGCUUCGGAGAUUGCUUGAUCGUUGUCCAAAGCUUCAAUCAUUUCCUCAGAUUGAGGCGUUAGCUCAGAAGGGGAACUUGGUUACACAAGAGGAAGUGGUUAAUGUGUUAGUGGGUUUUUUUCUGCAUCCUAGUUAUACAAUUCCAUUGAUGGGAUGUUUCCGGGCAAUUGCUAGAAAAUUUGUAGAUAAAGCUGUUGCUUUGCUUCGUUUGGUACCAAAUUUGAGGUCUAAUACCGUGGAUGAUGCUAUGGAAAUUGACGCAGACAUUGUCUUGGAUGAUGUUGCCAAUGUUGUAGAGUACUAUGUUGAACAGGGAAGGGGUCUUGAUCUUCAUGAACAUGUUUGUUUAGCCUUCUGUCGUGCUCUCGAUCUUCAUGAGCAGAACUUGAUGAGUUCUGUAUUAAGCUAUUUCAAAUUUGCACCUGCUCCAUUUGAAAGAUUUUCAGGGAAACAUGUUAUGGUUGAGCCCCAUGGACUGCAUGUUGCUAGCAUAUCAUACCGUUUUCUUGUUUUAAAUCCUGAAAUUUUCUCAAAGCUUUGGGACUGGUCUUGUUUUCUAGAACUCGAGCCAUGCAAAUCAGACCUGAUAUGGUGCAGGGGUGAGAUAUUAAAAGUUGUGCUCAAAUCAGGUUCAAGAGCCAGUGAAAGCUUGAAUAUUGAAGCUCAGGAAGCAUCUGCACGUUGGAAAGAGUUUUGUGAGGACACAUUACUAGAGAAAGCUGGUUGUUUUGUCGAACCAACAGCAGACUAUGUUUCUGAUUCUCCUAAUAGUAGCUUGGAUUUCAAUCAAGAGAUCUGUUUAAGUUCCUUAAGAUUUAAUCAUCAUCCCAUUGGUUCUCCAAAGGUUCAUGGGUUGCAGCCACCUUAUAGGAGCAAACGGCUUACCACAAGGGAUGAUAUAUCAGCAAGUUGUACAUUUAUAUUGACAUCAGCAGUGAAGGAAAGUUAUGAAAGAGUUCUAUUGGCAGCGAGUCAGAAGUGGCCUGUUCUUUUAGUUGGUCCCUCUGGUUCCGGAAAAUCUGCUCUUAUUUCUAAGCUGGCUGAGGAUAGUGGUAACCAAGUUAUAUCCAUCCAGAUGGAUGACCAGAUUGAUGGCAGAACAUUGGAAGGGGGGUAUGUCUGUACAGAUAGGCCUGGGGAGUUUAGAUGGCAGCCUGGGUCACUUACUCAGGCUGUGCAGAAUGGAUUUUGGAUUGUUUUUGAGGAUAUCAACAAAGCACCAUCUGACGUACACUCCAUAUUGUUGCCUUUAUUGGAAGGGAAGGAUUCAUUUGAGACAGGACAUGGGAAGAUAAAGGUGGCAGAUAGUUUCAGGAUCUUUUCAACUGUUGUUUCUGAUUUAGACUCUUCCGAGAGUGCAGGUCAAGAUUCACUCAGUGUCCUUUGGAAAAAAAUAAGAAUCCGAGCACCGGAAAAUGAAGAUUUGCAAGAGAUAGUCAAAGUGAGGUAUCCUGAUUUGGGGAUUCAUGCCAACAAACUCAUAGAAACCUUUGAUAGGGUCAGCAACUCUAUUUCCAUGUUUCAAGUAGCGGGAUGCUCUUCUGUCAGGUUCUCAUUAAGGGAUCUCUUAAAAUGGUGUAAAAGAAUAACUGGUUUAAGGUUUUGCUUUGAUGGUAGCUUGUCAGAAGAACAAUGUAAUUCUAUAUAUACAGAGGCUGUUGAUGUAUUUGCGACCUUCCCUGCUUCAUUUGAUAACCGGUUAUCAAUAAUGAAAGAGAUAGGGAAGUUGUGGAAAAGACGAGAUUCUGCUGCUGAGACCUUAUAUCCCCUCGACAAACCAAUAUAUCAGGAUUCUGUCCCAGGUUUAAAAAUAGGCCGGGUUUUACUCCAGUACACAAAAACACCUUCAAACGAACGCAGAAUUCCAUUUGUUGAGAUCCGUAGUUCGUUGUUUGUAUUGGAGCGUAUAGCUUGCUCUGUCAAGCAUAAUGAACCUGUACUCUUGGUUGGAGAAACUGGUACUGGAAAGACUACACUUGUUCAAAAUUUGGCUUUAAGGCUUGGUCAGAAGCUUACUGUUUUGAACAUGAGUCAGCAAAGUGAUGUUGCUGACUUACUUGGAGGAUUCAAGCCGGUGGAUGAACAGUUUGUGUAUUCCCAUCUUUAUCAGGAAUUUAUGGCUCUGUUCGCUAGGACAUUUCCUAUUGAGCUAAAUUCAGAGGUUUCUAAUCAUCUAGAGAAGAUUUUAAAUAGCAAGAAUUGGGAAAAGCUACUUAGAGGAAUUCAACAAGGAGUUGGGAAGACACAACCGCUUAUAAGAUCCAAAAAGCGUAAAAGGCCAGAAGAACUACUCCAAGCUUGGGAGAGCUUUUAUAUGAAGUUUGACAAUGUCUGUAAAAGUAAUCUAUCUUCUGGGAUGCUUUUUUCAUUUGUAGAAGGAAGUUUUGUUACUGCUCUUAGAAACGGUGAGUGGAUUUUGCUUGAUGAGGUGAAUUUGGCUCCUCCGGAAACCUUGCAAAGAAUAAUCGGUGUUUUAGAAGGGGAAAAUGGGGCAUUGUGUUUAGCUGAAAGAGGGGAUAUUGAUUAUAUACACCGUCAUCCAAACUUUCGUAUAUUUGCUUGUAUGAAUCCAGCAACUGAUGCAGGGAAACGGGAUUUGCCAUUUUCAUUGAGGAGUAGAUUUACUGAAUAUUUUGUUGAUGAUGUUCUGGAUGAUAAUGAUUUAAGUCUGUUUAUUAGUCAGUUCAUUAAUAGUGGCCAUAUACAGCUGGUGAGUAAAAUUGUGCGAUUCUAUAAAGAAUCGAAAAAGGAAUCUGAAGAGAGGCUGCAGGAUGGUGCUAAUCAGAAACCACAAUACAGUUUAAGGUCCCUUUAUCGCGCUCUAGAGUAUACAAGUAAAGCAGAGAGAGAGUUUGGAUUUCAGAAGGCUUUAUAUGAUGGCUUUAGUCUAUUUUUCCUCACAUUGUUGGAUGGGUCUAGUGCUGACUUAAUGAGGCAAAAGAUAUUGUCUCUUUUAUUGGGGGGGAAUAUGCCUUCAGAUGUACCUUUUCACAGAUAUUUGAGUACCUUUAAAUCUGAUGGGUAUUCUGGGAACUAUGUUAAAACUAAAAGUGUCCAGGAGCAUCUUGGUAAUUUGGCUCGAGCUGUUCUAAUAAAGAGAUACCCUGUUCUCUUGCAGGGACCGACGUCUAGUGGGAAAACUAGCCUUGUUCAAUAUCUUGCGUCCAUAACUGGGCAUGAGUUUGUACGAAUCAAUAAUCACGAACACACCGAUUUGCAAGAGUAUCUAGGUUCUUAUAUAACUGAUGCUAGCGGGAAGCUUGUUUUCAAUGAAGGUGUUUUGGUAAAAGCGGUAAGAAAUGGUUACUGGAUUGUACUGGAUGAGCUUAACUUGGCUCCAUCUGAUGUGCUGGAAGCAUUGAACCGAUUACUUGAUGAUAACAGAGAGCUUUUUGUUCCUGAACUUCAAGAAACAAUUAAAGCUCAUCCAAACUUCAUGCUUUUUGGAACACAAAAUCCACCUACACAUUAUGGCGGGCGAAAAAUGUUGUCUCGGGCAUUUCGUAACCGUUUCAUAGAGAUUCAAGUUGGUGAGAUUCCUGACGACGAGCUGAGUAAAAUAUUGGGAGAGAGAUGUGAAAUUCCAUUAAGUUACGCCUCAAAAAUGGUUGAAGUAAUGAAGGAGCUUCGAAUGCACAGACAGAGUAGCAGAGUCUUUGCUGGGAAACAUGGAUUCAUAACUCCUCGAGAUUUGUUUCGUUGGGCUGAACGUUACAAGAAAUUUGGUAAAUCUCAAGAAGACUUGGCCAAAGACGGUUAUUAUCUUUUGGCAGAACGGCUACGGGAUGAGGAUGAGAAAUCUGUUGUUCAAGAAGUUCUGGAAAAACAUUUUCGGGUUAAACUAAACAUAGAAAAUUUAUAUGGUCAGAUUUUGUCUGGAGAAAGCUCUUCAUACAAUUCAAUUGUCGGUUUAGGAGGUCUGAAGAGUCUCGAAAGUGUAUUCAUGACCAAAAGUAUGAAGAAGCUAUACUUCCUUGUGGAGCGCUGUUUUGAAUUACGCGAGCCUGUGCUACUUGUUGGGGAGACGGGUGGAGGGAAGACCACUGUUUGUCAGUUACUAAGUGCUUGUUUGCAGUUGAAGUUACAUAUCUUGAAUUGUCAUCAGUAUACUGAAACAUCUGAUUUUAUAGGGGGUUUUCGUCCUAUACGAGAUAGAUUUAGACUGAUUUCCAACUAUGAAGAGAUCAUUGAACAGUUGAAGAGACUGAAGGCUUUCAGAUGCUAUCCUGAAGACCAUUUGAUUUCUUCUGGCGUAGACCAAGCUUCUUUAACUAUUGAUCUACUGAAUAGUAUGAUAAGGAAAUAUAAAGAGGGGCGAGUUUGUACUGCUGAUGUCAUCAAAGAAGAACUUUAUGCUUUUGAGCAAUUAAAGUUGAACCUUGAUGUCUUGCAUCGAAAGUGGCAAAGCAUAUUUGAGUGGCAGGAUGGUCCUCUUGUAAAAGCAAUGAAAGAUGGUGAUCUCUUUCUUGUGGAUGAGAUAUCCUUGGCAGAUGAUAGUGUACUUGAGAGAUUGAACAGUGUGUUGGAGCCAGAAAGGACGCUAUCUUUGGCUGAGAAAGGAGGGCCUGAUCUUGAGAAAGUUGUGGCACAUUCAAAUUUCUUUGUUCUUGCAACAAUGAACCCUGGUGGUGAUUAUGGUAAGAAAGAGCUCUCUCCAGCACUACGCAAUCGAUUCACAGAGAUAUGGGUUCCCCCUGUUAUUGAUUUAGACGAGCUUCAAGGAAUCGCUAUGGAAAGAAUUCCCAAGUUUAAAGUCCCCACAUAUGAAGAAAAACUAUUAUGCAUUGUUAAUGCUAUGAUUAGUUUUUGGGAGUGGUUCAACAAAUUACAUCCAGGGAGAAUGCUUACUGUCAGAGAUCUCAUUUCCUGGGUUGCUUUUUACAAUAUAACGGAAGAAAGCUUAGGACCCGAACAUGCACUUCUUCAUGGAGUAUUUCUUGUUUUGCUUGAUGGGUUAAGUCUAGGUACAGGAAUUUCAAAAACGGAUGCUGGAGAGCUAAGGGAGAGGUGUUUAUCCUUUCUUCUACAAAAGCUGAGGGUUGAUGAAAGUAAUUUACUAUAUUCAAAGCUUUCAAGAAUGGGAAACUAUGGAUGGGGUGAAUAUGGCACAAACGUGGAUGUGUCACACAGUGAUGAUAAGCAACAUGAUGAUUUAUUUGGCAUCGAUCCGUUCUAUAUCAAGAAAGGUUUCAGCAGCUGUGAGGACGGUGGGUUUGAAUUUAAAGCGCCAACCACCCGCAGAAAUGCCUCGAGAGUUUUGCGGGCUAUGCAGCUUCCAAAGCCUGUUUUACUUGAAGGUAGUCCAGGUGUUGGGAAAACAAGUUUAAUCACUGCCUUGGGAAAAUAUUCUGGGCAUAAAGUUGUACGGAUAAACUUAUCCGAGCAGACUGAUAUGAUGGAUCUGUUGGGGUCUGAUUUACCUGUGGAAAGUGAUGAAGGAAUGAAGUUUUCGUGGUCUGAUGGGAUACUAUUGCAGGCCUUGCAGGAAGGCUGUUGGGUUUUGCUGGAUGAGCUUAAUCUUGCCCCACAAUCUGUUUUAGAGGGUUUGAACGCUAUUCUGGACCAUCGAGCUGAAGUGUUUAUACCGGAGCUGGGUAAUACUUAUAAGUGUCCUCCAUCAUUUAGAGUUUUUGCGUGUCAGAAUCCAUCACAUCAAGGUGGUGGCCGGAAAGGCCUUCCGAGAUCCUUCCUAAAUCGAUUUACCAAGGUAUAUGUGGAUGAGCUAGUUGAGGACGAUUAUCUGUCUAUUUGCAAAUCAAAAUUUCCAACUAUCCCGGAGCCUUUACUUUCAAUGUUAAUCUUAUUUAAUAAAAGGAUGCAUGAAGAAACCAUGCUGAAUCAAAAUUUUGCAAAGGAUGGUUUCCCAUGGGAAUUUAAUCUUCGCGAUGUGUUCCGAUCUUGUGAGAUAAUUGAAGGUGCACCGAAGCCUUUGGAAGUGCAUUCCUUCUUGAACAUUGUCUAUAUUCAAAGAAUGCGUACCGCCGCUGAUCGAAAAGAAGUCUUACAGGUUUUCAACGAGGUAUUUAAGGCCACACCAUCAAUAAAUCCGUACCCCCGUGUUCAGCUCAAUUCAGAUAAUUUAAUUGUGGGGAAUGUUUCUAUCAAGAGGAAUGUCACCCAAUUUUAUACUGCCUCAAGCAAUCAGCUCCUGAUACAACCUAAAAUUUGUCAAAGUUUGGAAGCUGCAGCUCUUUGUGUAAAGCGUCAAUGGUUAUGUAUCUUGGUCGGCCCAUCAUGCUCAGGAAAAACUAAAUUGUUACGAUUACUUGCGAACCUAACAGGCAAUGUACUGAAUGAAGUAAAUCUUUCAUCCGCAACUGAUAUUUCUGAAUUGCUGGGAUCUUUUGAACAAUAUGAUGCCUUGCGUAACCUUCGCACAGUUGUUUCUCAAGUUGAGGGCUAUGUUAAUGAAUACUGUAGUUUGCAACUGAAAGUUUUGAAUGGAGCAACAUUUAAGGAAACAAAUUUAUAUAGAAGAUGGUUUGAUUUUUCGUCUAAAUUUGACACCUUAGCUUCUGCUUCAAAUUAUCUUGAAAACUGGAGGAAUAUAAUCUGUUCUCUUAGUUUGUUAGAUGAGAUCAUUGAAAAACUGAAGUUGUGUAUAGAAAAGAAUUCUCUUCUCUUAUCUUAUUCAAUUCAGGAUCUUGAUUUAGUCAAGCAUACAAUUUUAAAACUCAAAGCAGAUGAUCAGAAAAGGUUGGUUUCCACAAAAUUUGAAUGGGUUACAGGAUUACUGAUCAAGGCUAUCGAGCGAGGGGAAUGGAUUGUACUGGAGAAUGCAAAUCUAUGUAAUCCCACGGUUCUUGAUAGGAUUAACUCUUUGGUUGAACCUAGUGGAUCAAUCACGGUCAAUGAGCGUGGAAUUGUUGACGGAAACCCCCUGGUUAUCCACCCACACCAAAGUUUCCGCAUGUUUCUCACCGUUAAUCCCUGCUACGGUGAGGUUUCUCGAGCUAUGCGUAACAGAGGAGUUGAAAUAUUUAUGAUGGAGCCUUACUGGGCUUUGGAUGAUGCAAGUGUAAGCUCUGAGAUUAUUGAACUCAAAGAUGUGAAGAGAUUUCUCACUUUAGCAGGUAUCCCAUUUGCUCAAUUGAUUGAUUCAAUGGCCAGAGCCCACAUGUACGCUAAAAGUGAAGGUUCAAAGCUUAAUGUUCACUUAAAGUAUCUUGAACUUUCACAUUGGGUCCAUCUUUUUCGGCAGCUUCUCAUGAAUGGCUGUCGUCCCAUCUGGAGUCUACAAUUGAGUUGGGAACAUACAUACCUCUCAUCAUUCUAUGUCGAUGGGGAACAAAUUAUCAAUUUUGCAAAAAUCAAAUAUUUAUCUGUUACUGGUUUGUGUAGAUAUGAUCCUUUGACAGAAUGUCCAUUGGGCUUGCCAGGAGGAUGGCCUGCGACAUUGGGGUUAAGGGAUUAUAUAUAUUACUCAAAAGAAGCUUCAAUCACACAGAAUUGCAUGUAUCUGGAGUUCCUGGGAACUCAAUUUGCAUCACAUCAAUAUCAAAUUGCUCAGAGAAGGUACUCCAGAGAUAGUUUGCAAACUACUGCUGAUCAUGUGAGGCCAUAUUUGAUGGAUAUGAGGAUGUUACAUGAUAUUAUGUUUCCUAAGACUUCAGUUGGAAUAAUGCCACAAUGUGAAAGUGAAUUUGAAUUCAACUCAGAAUUGGCAAACAAAAUGCUCUUAUUUGCAGCCAAUUGGACAAUUGAACAAGCAACGGAAAGUGAUUUUAAGUUGUAUCUUCUCAGGUUUGAUUGGUUUAGUUCUCAGCUGCAGCCUUUCUGCCAGUUCUUCGAUAACUUCCACAAACUGAUAGGGCAGAUCAUCAAACAUCCUAUUUGGGAAUAUAUAUCAUGCCGAAGCAAACUAGAUGUUGAUAUGCAGUUGAUGCCAUUGUUAUCACUUGAUUUAGUUGAUUUGGCAGCUCCAGAUAGUGAAAUUAAAUAUCUCUGUAAUGCCAUUUGUUGCUUUGAUCCGCUAAGGUUAACUUACCAGCAAUGGAUUACUGAGAUUCAGUAUAGUUUUACAGAUGCAGUGAGUUGCUUUCUUCCAGUUUUGAAGUCUCUUCAUGUGUUGGAAGAUGAAUUUCUGAAGAAACUCGUAGCUUCAACUCCUAAGCUAAUUGAAGAUAAAUCUUUUGAUAAUUUAAUACAGUUAUACUCUGACCUUAUUGAGGAUCAUGUAUUAUUCUGGCGUUACUUCAGCUCUUCAAUGUUUGACCAGAUGAUAAUUUCUUGGCAUUCUUUGCUGAAAGCUGCUGAGAAGCUUAUGACUAUCUGUCCUGAAGCUGUAAACCAUUUUUUGAUGGAGAGCAAAAAUUUGGAAAGGUUUUCAUCUUCAGAAAAAUCCUUGCUGUGGAUUCAUGGCGGUCACCCAUUUUUGCCCACCUCGUCUGAUUUACAUGAUAAAAAUCAGCAGCUUCUAAAAUUGACUGAACCGCUUUGGCCAAGGAAGAGAGCAAACAGUAGUAAUCAAGGAAUAUUGAACAUCGAUCAAGUCGAUGUUGUAGCAUUUGAUCAUGAUCUUCGCUUCCUUGUAAUGCAAGAUAUCUCCAACUCCUCGUUUAUGAUAGCGAAACGGAGUCAUGAAGAUGAUGGUGUUCAUAUUAUUGAGAAGUUAGAUGAGGCAUAUCAGGUGCUGUCAGGAAGGUUAGAGCAUGAACAGAACAAGUUGCAAAUGAAUACUGGAACCAAAGAUCUUUCUGCUUAUGCCGAAAAUCUAGCUUCUUGUUGUUUGUCUACACCUGAGUUGUUAUGCCAAAAGUCUGUAUUUGAGGGUGUGCAGGAUACGUUUCCUCCAGCUGAUGCUACCAGUCUAUUCUGGGACAUGGAGUUACUAAAGGAGCUCACAUCUGUGCCUUUGGACGAACUCGAAGGGUUACACCAAGUUGUUGGACGUCUUUCCUACCUUUUGGACUCUGCUUUAAAAUUUUCUUUGAGUUUCUCAUCAAGACCCCCACAAAUGUUUUCACCACAUCAAAAGAUUUUGUGGACCCUGAAUGCUUGGACUUCAAUGGAUGCAGUGAAUAUGAAAAUUGCAAGCUUUGUUCUUGAGAUGUGGUUUAACUGGCAUGAGUCUUUGUGGGCAUGCUUUCCUGAAUUUGUUAAGAAUUUCUCUAAGAUCGAAGGUUUUGAUAAUAUCAGUAUUGCAUUACCCCACACGCUCAUUCAGCCUGUUUGUGCUUCCACUGUGUUACAGAUCACGGAAAGCUCACAUGCUGUCAAGGAGUUUUGGGUGCAAUCUCUCAAGUGUAGAGCUUCCUUGUCCAAUUUGUGGAAUUGCUCUCACCAUGGGACAUAUUUGCCUAAAUUUCUUUUGUCUGCUGCCCGUGCCCUUUUCCAACAGAUUAUUUAUGCGCACAGAAAAUCAUUUGAUGCUGAUCAAUAUGCUGCAAUUAAAUAUAACUUUUCUUCUUUUGAGAGAAAUAUGGCUACAGAAGAAAGCAUCCAUUUGGUGAGCACCCUUGUUGGUUCAUCACGACACCACAGAUUGAAAAACUCGGUGAAUAAGUUCAUUGUUCCGCUGCUUAGGGAGCUGUAUAUUCAGUCCACUACCACUGAUUUCAAUUUCAAUUAUACUAUUGGUUGUGCAUGGGCACACAUUGGAGCAUUACGCAUUCAUCUCUUGCUCAGCUAUAAUGAAGUUGAUCCUGUCAUGAAGUAUUAUUGCAAGUACACUCAGCUUGAAGAAACAAUAUCAUCACUUGAACUUGAAAUUCAGGUUCGGAAAGAGUGCGGGUAUUUAUCAGGACAGUUUUUGACAGUAGAAGCUGAUAAAAGAAAGGCUGAAAGGCUAGAAAAGCUUCAAGCAGAGCUUAGAAAGCUGCAAAGAAAGAUUGUGUUCCGCUCUGAAUCCUGGAAAUACAAAAAGUUAAUGAAUGAAUGUGAUGAGUUUCUCAAACACAUUGCUUCUUUGGAAGUUUUAGUGGGUAAUGUUGAAGCAGAGGAUCUACAACAGGUUAUUGACCGCACUCACAGUUGGCAGGAAACAGCAAUGUGUUUCAUUAAUCGAUUGACGGAUGAGUACACGGCAUAUAAUGACAUUAUCCAACCAAUUCAAGUCGCUGUAUAUGAAAUGAAAUUUGGGUUAUCGCUGGUUCUGUCAAGCUUCUUGGAAAAAGAAUAUUUGAGAAAAGUUGGGCAUGAAAACAUCAACCUGGUUACGGAUAUGAUAUAUAUACUUAUGCGCUUCCCUCGAGCUGCUUCAUGGAAAUUCAUUUCCGUUGAGGACGUUGGAGUAGACUUGCAUUCAUCAUACAAGCUAGAUUUUGGGACAGACUUUUAUUUGAAUAUGGGUUUGAUAGAAAGGCUUAUCACUCUUUCAAGCGGCGUUUCUGCUGAUAAGAAGGUAUCUGCGAUGCGAUGUAGAGCUUCCAUCUACUGGAACAUUCUUGUUCAAAUUGCAUAUUCUAUAGCAAACGCAAAAAUAAUCGACCGUGAAUCUUAUAUGCUUUUGCACAAGAUAUUUGACGAGUUUGCCAGUCUUUGGAUGAGUAUGAAAGUUUAUGCCAAAUCAAAAAGCGAUCAUGACGCUCAACAGUUCAAGUUUAAGCCUCGAGCAUUCCAAAUUGAGAGUAUUAUGGAGCUUGAAAUACCAGCUCUUGCAAAUUCAAGUGCAACCGAAGCAUUUUCCGAUUGGAAAGAGUUUUCUUAUGAAGAAAAGUCUGCUGACAAUAUGGAAUCUUCAGAGGAAUGCGAAAUAUUGGAUGAAGAAUGGAAACAUCUGGAAGAGUCUAUUCUGGACAAUGUGGUUCUCAUUCACAGUCAGUUAUUUGGAUCUGGUGAUCUAGUCCAAGCUCCUGGAAUCUUCGAAAUUUCUGAUGAAGAUCGGUUGCAUUCCUUCAGCGAGUCAUAUAAAUUGGGUAUCAAUUUAAUCAAAGGUGCCCACUCUUCAAAUCUGGCCAGCUUAGAUGCUAAGCUGAUUCCAGAGCACUUAUUUUAUCUCUCUAUCGACUAUAGAAGGAAGUUUCAUUCAUCAUCCAAAUCCGCUAAUAGAUACAAUUUUUACAAGGAUUCAAAUGCUCAUGAGAUUGAACAAAUGCUGAAAGUACUUGCACCGCUAAGACAGCAGAUCACAUCCCUUUUAAAUGAGUGGGAAGAGCAGAAUGAUCUUCAGAGAUUUUUGGAUGUCAUUGACAUGCUCUUGACUCUUCCAUCUGAUAUCCCUCUAGCUAAGGCUUUUUCAGGGUUGCAGUUUUUACUUCACAAGGCUCAAGUUAUGCAAGAAAAUCAUUCAAAGUUCACCUUCUCAAAUCAGUUGAAAUCUGUUUUUGAUCUGAUGUCAUCAUGGCACAAGAUGGAACUGGGCUCUUGGCCCGUGUUGCUCGAUGAGGUGAUGGAUCAGUAUGAGAACAAUGCUAAAAAAUUGUGGUUUCCUCUGUACUCUCUUCUUCUAUCCACUACUUCUGAUCAAUCAAUUUUCCAAAGCCUGGAGGACUUUAUUCAGACUUCCAGCUUUGGGGAAUUCAGGAAACGGCUUCAGCUUCUUUAUGCUUUCCUUGGUCAAAAUCAUACAAGUGCAUGCCUGAAAAUUAAUUCCAGCUGUUGUCGGACGGAGCAGUCAACAUUCUUGUACAAUAUGUUUGGAUUUUAUGUGCAGUUCUUACCAACUGUAUCGAAGCACAUUGAUGCUAGUAGGAAAGAGAUUUUGACUGAACUGAAAGAUUUGGUGAAACUAUGUCGGUGGGAGCAGGAUAAGAGUUAUUCAUCGAUUGAAAAUUUGAAAAAGAGUCGACAGAAGCUGAAGAAACUUAUAAAGAAGCAUACUGAUAUUCUGCAAGAACCUAUGGAUAAGCUCAUUCGUGAUGUUCUACACAAGGGUUCAAUCAGCGGUGUUUCUGAUUUGCCAUUGUUCAGUGAUGAAAACAGGUUGAUCUGGUUUGAAAACUGCAGCAUGGCAUUAGACCAUGCUUUUGAGAAUUUGCUGCUUAAGAAAACCUCAGCAUUUGAUGUUUUACUUUUACAACAGAAAAAUGCUAAAGAAGUUGGAAGCACAUUAAGAUCUUGUGAUUCCCAACGUACACUAUACCAGGAAGGAUGGAAAGAUGUAUGGCAUAUGAUUGAAAAUAUUUAUAUUAAAGCAGUUGACUCCGGUAACAUUUGGAAGGAAGAUAAAAAUAAUCAAAGGAAGAGUAGAGCUUUGUCUGACCUUCUCAACCUUUUAAAAACGAGUGGGUUGUCUCAACGCAAGUCUACGCAUAAGGUGGAUGAGCGAAAACCUUGGUGGUUCCUUCAGCUUUCCGGGAACAUGGAGUGUCUACUUCUAGAAAAUAGUAGAUUCGCCAGUCCAUCCUUGGAAAUUGAUGGUAAAGUAAAAAAUAAAGAUGCCCCUGAAGAAAGCCCACUUACGGAGUGGAAGACAGCUAUUGAGCAUUACUUCAAGAGUGUUAUGUGUGUGCGUCUUCUGCAGGAAGAGAUAUGCCUCGAUCCUCAUAAAGAUAUAGCUCCUCAACAGGUUACCAGGUCCAGUUCUUUCCUCAGUCAGCUUGUCCAGAUACAACAGGACCAACUUGCUGCUGCCAGUGUAUUUAGCGAGAAAUUGAAAUGCUUUAGAGAAUUUGCAACUACUAUGGGAAAGUUGUUUUCAUUUUCCUCCCCCACUGAUAACAGUAAAAGUUAUAUGUGCUCUAUUGUUCCGCCAAAUCAGCUUGCUACUUACAAAUGCAUGUGGCAACAGAAGCAAUUAUUUGAUAGUCUGUGUGCUACAUCAAAUGGAGAAUUACUUUUACUAAGGAUAUUAGAAAAUAGCCAUUUAAACACUUGUCAAAGAACAAGACCUUCAGCGAGUGAGAUGACCGCUUCCAUUGAAGAAUUCUUACCAGUGUUCUGUAAAUCAAAGGAAUCAUUGGAUUGUUACCUUAUUGGGGGGUCGAAAGCUGUCACUACAAUAGCAUCCUCACAUCUUUCUGUUGUUACUCAAGAAAUGGAGCAGCUGGUAUCCGAAAAUUUCAAGGUCAUAAAGGAUUUUAAGGAUCAUUUUCUUGUACUACAAGCGAAUGGUAUGGAUAGAAGCUCAGUUAAAAAUGUUCUGAUUCAUCAUUUUCAAGAAAUAAUUGACAAGGCAAAAUCAAUUGAGGAAGAAUUUAUCACUGCAAAGAAUGAAAAUUCUAAUCCUGUAGAUUUAUCUGAGAAGGACCAUUUUUGCGGAAGACAGUGUGCGGAGCCUAAUGCUAGGUUUGAUGAAGCCCUGAAGUCCACAUAUCAACACAUUACAUCUGUGUUGCAGAGUUUAUGUUCGCCCAGCACUAUCCCUUCCAUGAUUAACCUUGGUUCAUGGGAACUACAAUUUGUCGCAAAUCUCAGUUUGGACAUGCUAUGUGAUGAUCUUUUCAAAACAAUCACUUUUGGGGCGAAACUGGUGAAUUGUUGUGACAAUAACAUUAGCAGUUCUUCCAAAGUCGGAGCCCAUUUCCAAAAUCUACAUACGCUCGUGGAUCUAUUACUGAAAUUCAGUGACGAGCUCUUGAAAAAUUUCUUUGCUAUGCACAAAUCAGUAGCAGUAACAACUCAUGUGAUUGCAAAUAUUUUAGUUUCUCUAUUUUCAAAAGGUUUUGGAAGAUUAACAGAAAACCAGGAGGAUGAUGGAACCCUUGAUAAAUCUGAAGAUGCAAGUGGGACUGGCAUGGGGGAAGGUGUUGGACUAAAUGAUGUCAGUGAUCAGAUAACUGAUGAAGAUCAGCUGCUGGGAACACGUGAACAGAAAAAGGAGGAACAAGAGGAGUCCAAAGAAGUGCCAGGCAACGAUAAUACAGGUAUAGAAAUGGAUCAGGAUUUUCAGGCUGAUGCUGUAAGCCUUAGUGAGGAUUCUAGUGAAAAUGAAGAUUGUGAUGGUGAGAAUGAGGAACUUGAAUCAGAAAUGGGUCCCACUGGACCAGAUAGUGAAGCAGUUGGAGAAAAAAUUUGGGAUCAGAAUGAAGAUGAGACUCCCGAUGAUACAGGAGAAAAGUAUGAAUCAGGACCUUCAGUUAAGGACGGAGAUGGAAGCAACAAAGAGCUAAGAGCCAAGGAUGAUUCUACCAGCGAUCAAUCUGGGGAUGACAGUUGUGAUGAAGGUGAUGCUCAGAAUGAUGAAGCUGCAGCACAGAAUGAGUUUGAUGAUGAAGAAAAUGGAGACGAUGUAAAUAUGGACAAAGAAGCAGCACAUUCUGAUGCUACUGGAUUGAAGCCCGAUGAACCGGAUCACUCUUCUGACAUGGAAAUAGAUUUGAAUGCAAACGAAGAUGUGGAUCCUAUUGAAGAGGGAGAUCAAGAAGGGCAUGAUGAUUCAGCUGAGAAUGGAAACCAGGAAGAUGAGACAUGCCCGCCUGAUGAAAUUAUGGAAGAAGCACAUACUGAAGUUGAUGUAUCCUCUGAAAAAGAUGAUCUAGGUCAAGAACAUCAAGAGAAUGAUGACAUGAAUUCCAUGGAUCCAAAGAAUGAUACAUCUGAAUCUUCUGACGUGGUUAAUCCGCAAGUUUCCAAUGUUGAUUUAGCGUCACAGUCCAAAAGUGAUUUGCAGACAUCUGGUUCAGAAAAUAUAGCGUCACAGUCAAAUUUAUCAAAUAGCCAUCACGAUUUCGGCAACCCUGCUGUAACGGGAGGUUUUCCUUCAAGUGAUAUGUCUGAGAUGGAUAUUAAUAUGUCAGAUUCAUCAAAUACUGGGGGAUUUAGUAAAACUCAACCUAAAUCACACCUUCCACAGCACGAGCAUUCAUUUUCUCAAGAAAAACAAACCAAUCCUUCCCGAAGUACAGGGGAUGCACUUGAUUUCAGGAAAGAAAAAAUAAAUGUAUCUGGUGAUCUCCCUGAGGAUAAUAUAGAACAUCACGGUGAAAUGGAUGAUAAUAAUGCUGAUGAGUAUGGAUAUGUUUCUGAAUUUGAAAAGGGAACAACUCAGGCUUUGGGACCUGCAACGUUGGAACAGGUUGAUAGAAACAUUGAUGUCGAUAAGGUUGACACAGAAAGUCGUGCUGGAGAAGAUGCAAAUUUGCAGCUUGAGAAGCAAAACUCAGAAAUAGAUUCUGUAAGUAAUUCUUCCUUACUCCCUAAAAAUGAAAAAAGGGAUCAAGCGAAUAUGCCAGUCAUGGAGAAAUCUCAAGAUGAUGGAUCAGUAAAGCCUCUUGGUAGUGCAAAUAUUGAUCCUGAAAGUCAUUUGGAAGAUCUAAUUUCUAUCAGUAGAUCAUACUUGGGUGAGAACACACAUAAAUUAAGUCAACUUUCUGUGAAUGAUGAGGAAUUGGGAAAAUAUCACGAACCUUGUGAUGCUCCUGAUCAUGUGAAGGAUAAUGCUACUGCUCUCUGGAGAAGAUAUGAACUUAGCACUACAAAGUUGUCUCAGGAACUGACUGAGCAAUUGCGUCUUGUAUUGGAGCCCACAGUGGCCAGCAAGCUCCAAGGGUAUUAUAAAACUGGAAAAAGGAUACAUAUGAAAAAGGUAAUACAAUUCAUAGCAAGUUAUUAUCGUAUGGAUAAAAUAUGGCUUAGGCGGACCAGACCCAACAAACGUGAUUACCAAGUUGUAAUUGCUGUUGAUGAUUCACAUAGCAUGUCGGAGAGUUGCUGCGGUGAUGUUGCUGUGGAAGCUUUGGUUACAGUAUGCCGUGCUGUUUCUCAACUUGAAAUGGGGAGCUUGGCAGUUGCAAGCUUCGGAACAAAAGGAAACAUAAAUUUGCUGCAUGAUUUUGAUAGCCCAUUCACUGCAGAGUCCGGGGUUAAGAUGGUCUCCAAUCUGACAUUCAAGCAAGAGAAUACUAUUGCCGAUGAACCAGUUGUUGAUCUGUUGAAGUUUUUGACCAACAAGCUAGAUGCUGCUGUUGUAAAAGCACGACUUCCAUCUGGCCAUAACCCCCUACAGCAACUUGUUUUAAUAAUUGCAGACGGUCGUUUUCAUGAAAAGGAUAACUUAAAGCGGUGUGUUAGAGAAGCAUUAGCCAGUAACCGGAUGGUUGCGUUCUUGCUUCUUGAUAACUCUCAGGAGUCAAUAAUGGAUCUUAUGGAAGCAUCCUUUGAGGGCGGAAAGAUGAAGUUUUCCAAGUACAUGGACUCCUUUCCCUUUCCCUAUUAUAUCGUUCUGAGGAACAUUGAAGCACUGCCUAGGACUCUUGCAAACCUACUGAGACAGUGGUUGGAGCUUAUGCAACAUUCAAAUUACUGACUGGUUAAAGACUCAUUGAAGACGUGCAAAAUCCAUUUUUGAUUUCAAGAAUGCAGAUACAACAUGCUUUAUAUUGAAGAGGGAUUAGAAAAAAUCAUUGGGUUACUUGGGUGUGAAUUUUGUAUAUAUGAAAAGUACACGAAAUUGUAUAGUAUUAACAAUUAUACAGUUACCAAAAUAAAACAAUUAUACAGUUGUGCAAUCCAAUGUACAGAUCUACUUUGAUUAAUAAGAAUGUCAUGUUUGCUGCAUUUGAUGAA